AGAAGAAGAAGCAGAAGCAGAAGCAGAAGCAGACGUUGAUGCAGAUUUUAUAACAAAUGUAAUGUGUUUAAGAGACUUUUAAAACACAUACCAAGAGUUAGUUUAUCCUUGGAGGGUGAUUUAUCCGUGCUUUAUCCGUUAAACCGUGUUUUAGUUGCUUCCCGUUCUUUGUUCGUAGCUUUUUUACCACGUGGCUGAUCGAUAAACACAAAUAAAGGCAUUAAAGGGAGAUUAGUGUGUUUAACGGCAGUGUUUUAUCAAGAAAAAGAAAGACUGAAGAACCAGGACGAAGAGGAGAGAGAGAGACACAGCCGGAGAAGGAGCACUGAGAGCAGCAUGGAGGAGAACAAAAAGACCCCUGGAGCUCAGAAACCAAAAGGAAGAGAGAGACGUCACAGCUGUCAGCAAUGUGACAAAUCCUUGACAAGAUCUGGACAUUUAAAGAGCCACCUGCUUAUUCAUACUGGAGAAAAACCGUACAGCUGCGAAGAGUGUAGGAAAACAUUCACUAGAUCUGGUGAUCUCAAAACACAUCAACGAAUUCACACUGGAGAGAAAACGUACAGCUGUGAACAGUGUGGGACAACUUUCACUACAUCAGGUGUUCUCAAAAGACAUCAACGUAUUCACACUGGAGAAAAACCAUACAGGUGUGAAGAGUGUGGGACAACUUUCACUGAAUCAGGUGCCCUCAAAAGACAUCAACGUAUUCACACUGGAGAAAAACCGUACCGGUGUGAAGAGUGUGGGACAACUUUCACUGAAUCAGGUGCUCUCAAAAGACAUCAACGUAUUCACACUGGAGAAAAACCGUACCGGUGUGAAGAGUGUGGGAAAACAUUCACUACAUCAAGUCAUCUCCAAAAACAUCAACGUAUUCACACUGGAGAAAAACCGUACUGGUGUGAAGAGUGUGGGAAAAUGUUCACUACAUCAAGUGAUCUCCAAAAACAUCAACGUAUUCACACUGGAGAAAAACCGUACAGGUGUGAAGAGUGUGGGACAACUUUCACUGAAUCAGGUGCUCUCAAAAGACAUCAACGUAUUCACACUGGAGAAAAACCGUACUGGUGUGAAGAGUGUGGGACAACUUUCACUGAAUCAGGUGCUCUCAAAAGACAUCAACGUAUUCACACUGGAGAAAAACCGUACUGGUGUGAAGAGUGUGGGAAAACAUUCACUACAUCAAGUCAUCUCCAAAUACAUCAACGUAUUCACACUGGAGAAAAACCGUACUGGUGUGAAGAGUGUGGGAAAAUGUUCACUACAUCAAGUGAUCUCCAAAGACAUCAACGUAUUCACACUGGAGAAAAACCGUACUGGUGUGAAGAGUGUGGGGAAAUGUUUUCUCAAAGUUCUAACCUUAAACUCCACAAGCGAAUUCACACCGCAUCGUUUUGAACAACUAUGAGAGCCAAGCUAGCUGUUUCCUCCUCCUGAUGUCCUGAGAGCUGUAGUUAUAUUUUAAGAGUCUUUCUGAAUUGAAGUCCGACUAACAGACUUCAAUUCACAGUCAGUCUCGUUUUAUGUCCCUGGACAAGCCCUGAGGUCCUCAUCAGCUUUUUAAAUAUGCCUAAAUUCCCCCAAAAUAAAAUGGGUCAGGCACUACUGUGGAACACCAGGAAAUAUCAGAGAGGCUCAGUGGACAUUUUUAAAUGCCAGCUAAAGACACAUCUCUUUAGAUUAGCUUUUUAUUAGCAAUCCCCCCACUUUAAAUGGUCUUUUAGUCUUUAUUAUUUACCUACUUUUAUAUUGUUUCAUUUAUGAUAUAGGAAGGGUUUUAUCUUAUAUUAGUUAACAGUUUCAAUAGCAACAUUUAUUAUUACGUUGGUUUCUUUAUAUUUUAAUCACUAUUCAUUUGUAUUUGUAUUUCUGUUGAUUUUAUAUCGUUGCAUCUAUUCUUUUCUUGUGUCUUAUUUUUCCGUGAUAAAUCAUAAUUUUCAUUACUGUAUUUCAUUUGUUAUUAUUAUUAUCAUACCUUUUACCUCCCCCCGUAUCUUAACCUGUUACAAUGUUAUAUUUCGCUGCAUGUAUCUGAAAGGUUUUAACGUCUGAGGGGACUUUCUUGUUUAUUUUUAACUUCUGAUGUGUUGCCAUUUUGUAAAGCACUUUGAACUGCACGUGCUGUAUGGAUAAAGCUUUAUUAUUUUAA